CUAAUUAAUAUAUUUUAUUUUUAAUUUUGAAUAUUGUACAGAGUUUUGGUAUUGCUCUGUUUAAAAUGAAAUAACAAAUUUAUUUUACGGUUCCAUCUGAGCCCUGGCUCAGUAAACGAGCCUAAAAUUUAACACACCUCAUGUAUUCACUAUCACUUUAUGCAUUUAAAUUUGGCUCACUAAUCAUUUUCUCCAAAUUAUUUUCAGAUCAAAUUUUCUAUUCUAACAUUGUUAUAACAUUGUACUAUUGUCAUUAGAAAUUGAGUAAAAAUUUGAGGAUGGUGUUUUGUGGUAGUAAUUGUUGUAAGGAUAAGUUGAACCAGAAUGUAUUUAUUAGCGAGUACAAUGUGACUGGAAUCCCCCUUAUGAACUUUGUCAACGUAAAUGAGCUAAACUUUAUUAACGGCAAUGUGAUACGGGAUAUGCAAAGAGCUAUCAUACUGAAGCCGAUAACGAGGGAGAAGAUCGUGGAGGUGCUGGUGGAGGAAAUUGAUGAGAAAAUAGUAUACGUUCCACAGGUCCAGGUAGUUGACAAAUACGUAGAGGUAGUAAAACCCAUCGUAAAAUACAAGAUUAAAGAGGUUAAGAGGCCAGUAACCGUUGAGAAGAUCAAGAAGGUCCCGAAGAUAUUUGAGGAGGAAAAGACUAUUGAAGUGCCUGAAAUUCAGUACGUUGAAAAGUUUGUCGAUGUGCCGAAAGUCGUUCAGAAGGAAAGGAUUAUUGAAAUUCCACUCCCAGUUGUCAGGGAACGGAGAAUUCCAGUCCUAAACGUGUCAAAAGAGGAGAAAUUUCAGGAAGUUGACGGCCUUGAAUAUAAACUUGGGUCAAGUUCUUUCAAUGACUCUUCGUCAAUUGGUAUUGAAAGCUCUCUAAGCUCAACUCUCAAUUUGGAACACAAUGAUGACGUUGGUGGUCAAACUGGGCUUAACAGUGGUAAAAACAGUGACUCCAGAUACUCUAACACUCUGAACAGUCCCAUCAGGGACCCGAACAACAGUCAAAACAACACUCAAAACAACACCCAAAACAACACCUCACAACACUCUAAAAACGCUCAGGAUAACGAGUCUGAAGUUGGGGAAUAUUCUGAUUUGGAAUAUUACAGUUCAAAGAUGGCAAAUUACAACAGCAGUGAGAAUGAGGAUAGGAGGGAAAUAAUGAGUGAAGUAUCGAUCCCGAGUAUGGAAAUUGAAAAUGAUGGAAACUCGCUGAGUCUGGGAUUUGAAAGUGAUCGACACUCAAUAACACUUUACAAUUGUGAAAAUAAGAUUGAAAUUGAGACGGGAGACGGUGUUUUGGAUGAGUAUCCGGAUAUAGGAAGCCUUUCGGUAACUGAAGCACCGAGGUCAAAUUUAGAUGAGGAAAAAAUACAAGGAGAAAUUAGAAGAGCAAAGUUUGAGUCUAGAGUGAAGUUGAAUCCAGAUAUGGAGGUGAAGUUGAUUGAAAACAUUUCCUCACAAAUCAUUCCAGGAACCAUCAAAGCUCUCAAAAGAAACCGAAAACACAAGUAAUCAAGUGGAAAUAAAUUUUAGGGUUUUUACUGUAAAUCCAGGCUGAAAAGUUUAAAAUAAUUAAAUUUGAUUUUGCAGCAACCUGAUAUUUUUUUAAAUUCUAGAUAAAAUGUGUAGAAUAAUAUUUUAAAUGUGUAUU